AUGUCGUUUCAAAAUAUACCUAUUCUUGACCUUGAAGAUGCCUUUAAUCUGACGACAAAACCGUUGUUUUUACAGCAGUUAAGAGAUGCUAUGAUAAAUGUAGGUUUUCUACUUUUGAAAAAUUAUGAAUCUGUUGGACCAAGUAAAGAAGAUUUUGCUAAUAUCAAGUAUCAAUCUGAACGGUUUUUUGCCUUACCUGAUGAGGUGAAGUUGGAAAUUGAAAUGAUCAAAUCUCCUCAUUUUUUGGGUUAUACCAGAUUGGCGAAUGAAAUUACUGCUUCGCAUACUGAUUGGCGCGAACAAAUUGACUUGGGUACAGAGUUACCACCACCAAAAGAAGGCGAGCCGAUAUAUAAGAAUAUCGAAGGACCAAACCUUUGGCCAGAUGAAGAAAAAAUACCAAAUUUCCGCAAAAAUGUCGAGGAUUAUAUUGCCAAAAUGACAAAUCUAAGUAGAGUGUUUAGAACUUUGGUUCUUGAAUCAAUUGGAUUGGAAAAGACGGUAUUGGAUGGUUAUUUCAAACCAAAUCAACAGUGUAAGAUGAAAUUGAUUGCUUAUCCUGAUAGUCUGGCCUUGACAAAUGCUGAGUCAGUCGCAUUGGAUGAUUCACCAUCAACAAACCAAGGAGUUGGACCCCAUCGUGAUUCAGAUUUAAUCACAUAUAUUUUUCAAGCAACCGAGCAUCAAAACUCGCUUCAGGUGCAAAACUUUCAAGGUAAAUGGAUAACAGUUCCAAACAUUCCUAAUCAUUUAGUAGUCAACAAUGGCCAAACAAUGGAAGCAAUCACACAGGGCGUGUGUAAAGCUACAAUCCAUCGAGUCUUGAUCCCAGAACCUGGUAGUGGUACAAGAAUAUCAGUUCCAUUUUUCCAAACAAUUGAUUUAGAUUGCACAAAAACUGCUGUUGAAAACAUUCCUCAAGAGAUUAUCAAGUUGAAGGAAAUAAGAGAUAAAAAGAUUAAGGAUUGGGCUGUCGAUGUGGGAUUUCAGUUCAAGCCUAAUAUAAAUAAAGAGCCAGUUGGUCACGCCGUGUUUAGGAAUAGAAUAAAGUCACACCAAGACGUUGCAUCACGGUGGUACCCAGACAUUUUGAAACAGGUCCUUCAAGAAUAUACUUAUUAA